AUGUCUGGCUUCGAGAUAGCCGGUCUCGUCCUAGGCAGCAUUCCCCUCAUUACCAAGGCUUUCGACGACUACAAGAGAGUCAUUGCGACAACGAGGACCUGGCGCAAUUAUGACCGUGAGGUGAGGGGCCUAAUUAGGAACUUGAUGACAGAGCAUAUCAGACUUCAGAACAUCUGCGAGAAGCUCCUCUCCUGUCUGGUAUCACCAAACGAUUUCGAGCUUAUGAUCGAAGACCCAUUCGGUCCGCUAUGGAAACAAGAAGGAGUGCAGAGAAAGAUCAAGACGCGACUUUACAGAUCGUUUGACACGUUUCAACAUGUCAUGGAAGAUAUGGAAGCAGCCAUUAAUGAUAUCAAGCAGUGUCUCGGGCUUGACGCUCAAGGAAAAGCGAAGUGGACUGAGGAGUCUACAAUAAUAAAGGAGUUCAAGCGCGCAAGCUUUGCUCUAAACAAGUCGACAUACAAGUAUGCGAUUGAUACUAUCCGGAAAGACAUCACGGCCCUGGAGUCCAUAAUCGAUACGAACAUACACAUGGAACCAGCCCGAAAACAACGAUACAAAGGAAGGCUGGCUGGCCUGAUACGUCAAGUAUCUGCAAACAUGUACUUUGCACUGAGGAAUAGCAUAUCCUGCGACUGCGAUUGCAGGCAUCAAGUCCACCUGGACCUCACGCCCGAUUCCGAGGAUGCCACCCACGAUCUGGACGAUGCUGCGAUAAUCGAGAAGAUUGGGCUCCAACUCGCCAUGACAUAUCAAACCGACACCGGCCGAGCGAUUUCCGAGAAACCUGGUCAACAAAACCUCUGGGAAGAAGUCACCGUCAGAGCCUCCGCACCACAAGCCACCUACACAUUGGAGACAACACCAACGCCCCAAUCGCCUGCUCGACCGAAGCGAAAAGUCGUAAGCUUUGCUUCAUCGCGACAAUCAACGAUUACUACGACUCGCAUCGAACAGCCGACCAUCGCAAGAGCGAUGAUGAGCACAAUGCCUGCUCUUAAUCUCAGUUCUAGGUCGAUCAAUCUCACCAGACAAGUCAACUUGUGUGCAGAGCUACGCAGAGGUCAUGAAAAAGCCGCUACGGAUAUUUAUGGCACGAUAUCUCAUCAGAGCGCCGGGAAGUCUUGGAAGUUCGCCGUAUACCCUAAGGCACAACCAAAUAAUCAACAUGUGGGGUCCGUGAUGUCGCUGAAACAGAUUCUGGAAGACCCCCUCAGCGUAGGAAUACCCUACGUGGCUAAACUUCAUCUGGCUAAGAUGAUCUCUUCAAGUUUCCUCCAACUUCACCAAACUCCUUGGCUACCAAAUAUUCUGACAAACCAAGACGUCUUCUUCAUCAAAAACGACUCGCAGUCUUUGCUUGAUUAUAGGCAGGCCUUCAUCAUGAAAGAAUUUCCCGAAAAGGCUAGGGAGGAUGUUUCCUUGAAUUCUGAUGCCCGCAAUCCCGCACUGCUUUCGCUUGGAAUCCUUCUCUUAGAGCUCAAGCUAGGCACUACUAUCGAAAGACUGCGACACCGGUACGAGAUGUCGGGAGACGGGACCCGCAACUUUGACUAUGAUGCGCUCGUCGCGCAGAGAUUAUUGCAAGAGAUGCCUGCAGAUAGCGAAUACUUUAUGUCCGCGGUCCAGCGAUGUAUAGGCGCGGGUUUCGGACGGUCCAAGCUGGAUUUGAACGAUGAGGCUUUCCGACAAGACGUAUAUGAGAAGAUAGUCGCGCCGUUGGAAGCUGACCUGGCGGCUUCCACCCUAUGA